AUGGUCGAAGUAGGCGGAACCGAGUCGGCCACCGGCACCGACAGCGGUCGUCGACUCGUUGUCGGCGGCCACGGAGCCGCGCGCGAGCCCGAGAGCGAGCCGGUCACCACGCGUCGCAUUCGGCGGACGCCGCUCGCCAUCGACACGAGCGUUGACGACUCGAGCGUUGCGUCCCACUCGUCCUACCAGGUCACGCAGUCGCCUACGGAUCGACCGCUAUGGCUGGAGAUGAAGCGGCGGCACCAGGCCAACGUCGAGGCGCUGCACGGCAAGCUGGCGGAAGUGCCUCGCCACUGGCUCUGGGUCCGCUUCCUCAACAACUCGUUCUUCGCGCGGCGCCUGAUCCGCUCUGGGGUGCUGCUCAGCGCCGGUCUGCUGGCGGGGUACCUCUUCUACCAUGCCUUCGUUGAGACCUGGUUGAACGACCACAAGGGCAUCGACUCGGACGAGUACGAAAACUGCCAGUCGGUCGCGACCUUCUCGUCCUUAAUCUACCAGACGCUGCCGGCCGCCAUCAUUCUGUCGCUGCCAGGCUCCGGGUUGCGAGCCUUUGAGCCUUUCAAGCGCGACGACCCAAGCGUGAGCAAGACGAAAAGCAACAACGGCGACGGAAGCCAAGAAGAAGAAGAGGAGGAGGCUUACACCAGCGUUGCGACCAUCCGACGCUGCUUCAUUUUCCAGCUCUGCGAGGUGCUGGCUGUGCUCAUGCUGAUGUUCGACGUUGGGCUGGUGCUGUACUUCCUCUACGUGCUGUUCGCCGGCGCGCUAACCUCUUGCGGGAGCUUCGCCACGCAGAUAUUCACGAUCGUAGCCGCGUUCUGCUACGCUGGACUGUUUAGCGUGCUCUACUACUUUACGCGGUACCGUGAA